AUGACGGCAAUCUCUACGAACUCUUCAGCAUGCUCUGAACUACGUGGCAAAACUCAUACUUUUCUACCGAAGCCUGCUUGGCAACCGCAAGAGAGUGAAGGAAAGAUACCGAUGAAUGUGUACAGAGAACAUAUCAAUAAGAAAUUCAAUCUCCGUCUCAGCAAUUCUCACGAAUUACACACAUGGAGCGUCACCGAUCCGCAAGCAUUUUGGAUUGAUCUCUGGACGUAUGUUGGCCUGAUACCUGCUCUCCCCCCCGGCCUUGACCGAGCGUAUAAUCCCCAAGUGCCAAUCUCGGAGAUCCCACCCUUCUUUGAAAAUGUCACCCUUAACUAUGCGGAGAACGUCCUCACGCAACCUUUAGUCGAUGGUCAAAGCACGGCUUUGAUUGGUUUGAGAGAAGGUCAAAAUUUAGAUGGUGAGAAGUGGACAUGGUCCACACUUUGCGAAAAUGUCCGCAAAGUUAGAAGCGCUCUGCUGAGAAGUGGAAUCCAACAAGGCGAUCGGGUUGCUGCGCUCGUGUCCACUUCAGUUUGGUCCGUUGCGCUCUUCUUGGGAGCAGCCAGCAUUGGUGCUAUUUUCACAUCUAUAGCAGCAGAUCUUGGACUUGAUGGAUGUAUCUCAAGGCUCCAGCAAGUACGCCCGUCAAUUUUAUUCGUCGACAGCCAUUGUGUUUACAAAGGCCGUCAAAGCUCUAACCAGGACAAAAUUUCACACCUUCUUGUCGUCCUCAAGCCUGCUCCAGAAAUAUUUUUGAUUCCUACUGGUUCAUCCGAAGUCUCGCAGCCCUCCCUAGAGCAAUUUCUGAAAAGAUCGCGAUGCUCUGACGCUCUGGAAUAUGUACGACUUCCUUUCACCACGCCUCUAUACAUACUGUACUCCAGUGGAACGUCCGGACCCCCUAAAUGCCUUGUCCACAGCCAUGGAGUAAUUAUUCAGCACAAGAAGAUUGGAAUGCUUCAUAAUUCCCUGAAGCCAGGAGAAAUCGUUUUCCAGUACUCGAGUACCUCAUGGGUUCUCUGGAACAUAAUGAUCGGUCAUCUUUCUAUGGGGACGACUCUCAUAUUGUAUGAUGGGUCGCCUACUUGGCCACAGCCUCAAAGAAUGCUGGAGAUCGUGGAACGCCAUAAGGUGGCGUAUUGGGGUACCUCACCGAAGUAUCUAAAAGAGCUUGAAUCUACUGGUUGUAAACCGAAAACGGAGUUUAAUCUCUCCCGGUUGCGGAUGGUCCAGACUGGAGGCUCUCAUCUAGCCGCAGACCAAUACCAUUGGUUCUACCAAGUGUUCCCUCCCUGUGUACAUUUGACAAGCGUAACUGGAGGCACUGACCUUGUCACAUCGUGGUGUGGAACUGAUCCAGCAGGGCCGCUUUAUCCCGGUGAAAUCCAGAUGCCUAUCCUGGGACACGACGUGGACAUUGUUGAUCCCGCGAGUGGCGCCUCACUAAAAUCGACUGGUACAGCUGGAGAAUUUGUCUGUCGAAAACCAUUUCCAUCGAUGCCUGUCUUUAUGUGGGGUGAUUCAAACAAAGAAAAAUAUCGAAGCUCUUAUUUCGAUUUACCCUUUCCCGUCUGGGCACAGCAUGACUUUGCAAGUGUGAAUCCGGUAACAAGAGGCUGGGUAGUGCAUGGGAGAAGCGAUGGAGUUCUCAAUCCUCAAGGCAUAAGAUAUGGGUCUGCAGAGAUUUACUCAAUCACCGAAGCCGCACCAUUUAGCAGCUUUAUUUCGUCCACGCUAUGUGUAGGGCGGAAAAGAAAAGACAUCGACUCCGAUGAGUCCGUCUUCCUGUUUGUUGUCAUGCGAGAUGGUAACCGUUUCACAACUGCACUGAGCCAGCAACUCAAAGAUACUAUUCGCCAACGCUUGAGUGCGAGACAUGUUCCUCGAUUUGUAGUCGAGGUAACACAGAUCCCAAUGACUUCUAAUGGAAAGAAGGUGGAAACUCUUGUGCGAGACGUUAUUUCGACCGGACAGAUGCCGAAGAAAAUCAGCUCCACCAUCGUCAAUCCAGAGUGUUUGGAGAAGUUUCAACACUAUUAUGGCUUGGAACCGGAAAGUCAAGCCAGGUUGUAA